CCCGGGGUCACCGCAGGAACUUACCGCGCGCCUCCUCGCGUGGGCCAGGCGCCCCUCCGCGGACCCCAGGCGCUUCCUCCGCCGCAACGCGGGAGCCACCCCGGCCUCCCGGGAUUGUCGCCGAGAGUUGGGGGGCGCCGAGACGGAGGGUCUGGCGGCCGCAGGGACUACCCAACGACGGGGCUCCGGCCCGGGAGCUGCUGGAACAUGCGCCCGGAGCCGCAGUUUGUUUGACAGUUACCAGACUAUGAUUACACUUCUGGUUCUACUCAGCCAACUGCCCAUAGUUACCUUCGCGUUUCCUCAUUGCACAAGGAGUCCGAAGGAGUCCAGGCAUGCUCGAGAAGAAGUCUUCACAGCAAAAGAAGAAGCAAACCUUUUCAUACAUAGACACCUGCUAUAUAAUAGAUUUGAUUUGGAGCUCUUCACGCCCAGUGACCUAGAAAGAGAGUGUAGAGAAGAACUUUGUAAUUAUGAAGAAGCCAGAGAAAUCUUUGUGGAUGAAGAUAAAACGAUGGCAUUCUGGCAGGAAUAUUCCAUCAAAGGACCAACAAAAAAAUCAGAUGCUAACAGAGAAAAAGUUGAUGUCAUGGGCCUUCUGACUGGAUUAAUUGCUGCUGGAGUAUUUUUGGUUAUUUUUGGAUUACUUGGUUACUAUCUUUGUAUCACCAAGUGUAACAGGCAACAAUAUCCCAGUUCUUCAGCCACCUACGUAAGAAGGGGCAGGCACACUCCCUCCAUCAUUUUCAGAAGACCUGAGGAGGCUGCCUUGACCCCGUCACCCCCUGCAGUGGAGGACACAGGAUUACCUUCUUAUGAACAGGCAGUGGCACUGACCAGAAAGCACAAUGUUUCCCCGCCACCACCAUAUCCUGGGCCAGCAAAAGGGUUUCGAGUAUUUAAAAAGUCUAUGUCGCUCCCAUCUCACUAAGCCCGCCAUGGUGGUAUCGGAGAUUCCUGCUAUUUGAAUGGUUCCUUUUCCCCGAACCAAAGAGACAUGUUACUUCAGCCCCUUUAUGACAAACCGCAAGGAGCAAAGAAAGAAUAAGCAUGUGUAUACGACACCACAGCAGUUCUGUUGGCAUCUUGGACCUGAACUCGAUCAUUAUCAGCCUGGUAAGAAACUUAUCAUUACCAUUUUGAUAAGAAACUUGGACUCCAUAGCUUUGCAGUAAAGAAGAGAGCACUUUUUUGUUUAUUUUAAUGGUUCAGAAAAUCUGUGUUAUAGAUGUCAUAGCUAGAACCGGUGAACUGUCUUUUGUACUGAUAAAGUUUGUAGAUUUCUUGUGUUGAAUAUUACAAAAAAAGAGUUUCUGAUCAUUAGAUUAUCCGAAGUCAGAAUA